AUGAAAGCAAUCGUCAUCGAAAAGUUCGACGGACCCGAUUCUCUAGUAAUCAAAGAUGUGGCCACCCCAGAGCCAAAGCAAGGAGAAGCCAUAAUAAAAAUCAAAGCCUUUGGAAUCAACCAUGCAGAAAUGCACAUGCGAAAGGGAGAAUGGGCGGAAUGGAUGCCAAUCAGCGGUAUCGAGUGUGUGGGCAUAGUAUCCAGCUGUCCAGGAGGAGAAUUCAAAGAAGGAACACCCGUCGCAAGUCUGAUGGGCGGGCUUGGGCGUACUAUUGACGGUAGCUACGCUGAAUACACCCGAGUCAAAGUCUCGAAUGUUGUUGCACUUGGACCAGCUGCAGAAGAACUAGGUUGGGACCAGCUGGCGGCCAUCCCGGAAUCAUAUGCCACGUCGUGGACCUGUCUUUUUCGGAACCUGGAGAUAUCAGCUGGUCAACGACUUCUUGUUCGCGGUGGUACCUCUGCUUUAGGGAGAGCAGCAAUUAACCUGGCCGUUCAGGCUGGAGUUCAUGUUACCGCGACAACCCGAACGAAGAACCGUAUGCCCCAACUCAGGGCUCUUGGGGUUGAGAAGGUAUUGAUAGAAGGAGCAUGUCUUUCCGAACGUAUUUCUGAUAAGUUCGAUGCUAUCCUGGAACUUAUUGGUAAUAGCACUGUUGUUGAUCACUCAAGAUGGCGCGCAGAGGAGGACGGGUUUGUCUGGCCGGACUUUAAUCCUCUUGUGCAGAUGGCGAGUGGUGUCCACUUUAGUUUCUUCGGGAGUUUUGUCUUUGGAACGCCUGAGUUCCCUUUGUCGGAUGUUCCUUUUCAGGAGAUAGUAGCUAUGGUGGCGCGAAAACAAUUUAAUGCGGAUCCUUGGAAAGUCCUUCGUUUUGAGGAAAUUCAACAGGCCCAUCGUUUGAUGGAAGGCAAUGAGGCACAUGGCAAGAUGGUGGUUAAGAUUGAUUGA